GUCUGUGGGAGGCACCUCAGAUGGAUGUGGAAACCUGGGGUGUCAAUGGGAAGCACCCGGGCUUUCUAUGGGGUGGCUAGGGGGGCCCCCUGGCGUGUCGGAGGGGGGUAUCCCAGUUGAGUCUGGGGGCUCCUGAAGCGUCCAUACAGGCCUUCUUGGGGUGUCUGGGCUCCGCCCCGGGAUGAGUGUAUGGCAUUUGUCUGAGGGUUCUGUGGGCACCCCGGUAGAGGCUCCCGGGAGGACAGCUCUGGCCCAAGGCGUUCGUAGCCGACCCCGGCGAAUAUCCGGGGGAGGUCCCAGAGGGCCUGGAGGUGACUCCCUCUUCCCUCCAGAACCGUCCAUCACAGAGCCAGCCUGGCUUCAUCCAGGACAGUUCAGAGGGUUGCUAGGCCGUAGGCCAGAGUCUGCCGGGAUCCGGGCAAAGCCGCGGCCAGUCUUGUCCUGCCAUGGACAAGGUGGAAAGCAGUGUUCUCACCGGCCUGGAGUGAAUUCAGAAGGGACUGAGUGGCUACAGCCGCCCCCCCCCCCCUCCCCUGGCCGCAGCAUGGCAGGGGCAGCCCGAGACCCAUUCUGCCGACAACCUACUGAAGGCUGAUACCUACCGGAAAUGGCGCUCAGCCAAGGCUGGGGAAAAGCAGAUCUCCGUCAUCCUGCAGUUGGAGAAGGAAGAGCAGAUCCACAGCGUGGACAUUGGGAAUGACGGCUCUGCCUUCGUCGAGGUGUUGGUGGGCAGCUCAGCAGGGGGCAGCGGGGAGCAGGACUAUGAGGUUCUCCUGGUCACCUCUUCAUUUAUGUCCCCAUCUGAGAGUCGUAGUGGGACUAAUGCCAACCGGGUCCGGCUGUUUGCUGCUGACAAACUGGUCCGAGCCACUGCUGAGAAACGCUGGGACCGGAUCAAAAUCGUGUGCAGCCAGCCCUACAGCAAGGACUCUCCCUAUGGCCUGAGUUUUGUAAGGUUCCACAGCCCCCCAGACAAGGAAGCGCCUGAGGCCGCCUCUCCGAAAGUGACCAAGCUGGGAGCCUUUCGAGUGAAGGAGGAGGAUGGCAGCAGCUCCCUGAGGCCUGGGGCCCUCUUCUUCAGUCGGGUCAGCAAGCCUUCUCCAGCCCCCACCAAAGAGCAGCCAGGCCCCAGUUAUGCAGCAGCCGCACUUCAGGCCUCCGAGGGCUUGGCCACUCAGUCUCCUACACGAAUAUCCCCCCCACAGCCCCCAUCCUCAAGCAAAGCUCCCACCAAGCCCCAAGAGUCUCCGAAGGGAAAGAGGAAAUUGGAUUUAAGCCAUGAUGAACCACGAAGCCCCCAGAGACCCCAGCCCCAUCCGGCCCACCCUAAGCUACCAGCCCCCAAGAAGCCCAAAGUACCCGCUGCAGGCCCUGCCCCUGCCCCUGCCCCUGCCCCUGCCCCUGCCCGGGGUACUCCUCGAGAUGAAAAAAAAGGGGCCAAGGCCGGGGCCAGAGCUGGGCCCACUGAACUGGGGAAGGUCUUUGAAGGUGUCGUCGUGGUGCUGAGUGGCUUCCAGAACCCUUUCCGCUCGGAGCUUCGGGACAAGGCCCUGGAGCUUGGCGCCAAGUACCGGCCAGACUGGACCUCAGACAGCACCCACCUCAUCUGUGCCUUUGCCAACACGCCCAAGUACAGUGCGGUCCUGAGCCGGGGCGGGCGCAUAGUGCGUAAGGAGUGGGUGCUGGACUGUCACCGCCUGCGGCGGAGGCUGCCCUGCCGGCGGUACCUCAUGGCUGGCCCAGACUCCAGCAGUGAUGAAGAGACGGCCCCUCCCCCCACAAAGAACCAGAAGACAAACCACCAGCCUCCCAGAGCAGGGCCCAGCUCAGGCCCCCGGCCACCAUCCCCUGAGGAGCCCCGGCCAGCCCAUAGAGGGCCCCUGGGAGACUCAGACACAGAGGAGUCAGCAGGUGUUCAGGACAAUGGCGAAGAAGAUUCCGGGGACACUGAGGACGAGCUGAGGAGGGUGGCCAAGCCGAGGGAACAGAAGCAGCCCCCAGAUGCUGGAGAGAAUGGAGAGGACCCAUACGCAGGGUCCACGGACGAGAACACAGACGACGAAGGCCCGGAGACGCCAGACCAGCCUAUCCCCGAGCUCCCAGACUUUUUCCAGGGCAAACACUUCUUUUUCUAUGGAGAGUUUCCUGGUGAGGAGCGACGUCAGCUUGUCCGAUACGUGACGGCGUUCAAUGGGGAGAUAGAGGAUUAUAUGAAUGACCGAGUCCAGUUUGUGGUUACAGCCCAGGAGUGGGACCCCAGCUUUGAGGAGGCCCUCCUCGAAAACCCAUCACUGGCGUUCGUUAGGCCCAGGUGGAUUUACUGCUGCAGCGAGCGGCAGAAGCUGCUGCCUUAUCAGCUCUAUGGGGUGGUCCCCCAGGCCUGAUGGAUGGAUGACUGGGCCUGGCCUGGCCACUCCCCCCCCCCCCUCCCGAGUUCUAAUAAAAGUCACU